AUGCUCAUCAUAACAAAAAUUACUAAUUUAGAUACAAGAUUAUUUAAUUUAACAUACGAUAUUUAUUGCUCGGAUCCAAACUUGACGCCACAUGAUUUUAUCAAGGAUUUUAUUAAAGUCAGACGAGCAAUGAGAAAGUCUACUGGAAGUAAAAAAAUAUUUGCUAGAUGGAAGAAACCUAUUCAAGCUUCUCUAAAGUGUACGCCAAAAAAAAUAGGGUACGGAAAAAGAUUAUAUCAUUUCAAGGCAGCAAAUGCCGGUUCACUAGCGUUUUCAGAAGAAAACUCCUCAUUGGGAUCAUCUGAAGCUACUCUACCUUGUAAAAUAAGAAAAUACUCAGAUGGUAGUGAAUCAGCAUACUUGGACUAUACAGCAUUUAGAUUUCCACGUAAUAUGAUUCACACCACGAGUGACCCAGUAUAUUUUGACACCACGGCUGGCGAUGUAGCAUACGGAAGUACGCGAAUGUAUAGAUUUAAGAAAUACUACAACGAAACAAUGCGCGACUCGAAAAAUACAACACACGAUUUCAGGAGCGCAAAGAUUCACACUACGAGUGACCCAAUAUAUUUUGAAACCACGGCUGGCGAUGUAGCAAACGGAAGUACCCAAUGGUAUAGAUUUAAGAAAUACUACAACGAAACAAUGCAUGAUUCGAUAAAUACAACAAACGAUUUCAGGAGCGCAAAGAUUCACACUACGAGUGACCCAUUAUAUUUUGAAACCACGGCUGGCGAUGUAGCAAACGGAAGUACCCAAAGGUAUAGAUUUAAGAAAUACUACAACGAAACAACAAUGCACGACUCGAUAAAAACAACACACGAUUUCAGAAGCGCAAAGAUUCACACUACGAGUGACCCAAUAUAUUUUGAAACCACGGCUGGCGAUGUAGCAAACGGAAGUAAGCUAAUGUAUGGAUUUAAGAAAUAUUACAACGAAACAAUGCAUGAUUCGAUAAAUACAACAAACGAUUUCAAAAGCGCAAAGGCUAUAAAGGUUGAUAUCGAAGAACUAAUUUACAUGGCAAAUGAACUCCUUAGUGAAAGCCGAAACUACGAUACUUCUGAAAAUAUUGAUGUCGCCCUGUCGGUGGAAACUCUAACAACUAAAAUAAAACCGGAGUCAAACGAAACAUUCCGAUUGAAUUCGUCUGCAAUUUACGUAGAAGUUCAGCAGUUCACACCACAUUAUACUGAUGUACAAAUAGAAGACACGGAUUUUGAACUGGAAGGAAUAAAGGCAUUGUUACCUGGAAGCGCAGUUAAUAAAGCAUUACAUAUGUCAGAAGAAAAACGUACUUCUGUAUCUUUUGUAGUGUUUCGAAAUGCUAGUUUCUUUCAGACAUCAAAAGAUAUUGCUGUCGAUCAAGUACUAUCGUGCAGCAUUGCUGACAAAAAAAUUACCAAUUUGGUGGAACCAUUUUGGUAUCAGAUACCUGUAAAUUAUAAGAAGGAAACACGCCAAGUAAAAUUUAUAAAAUGUGCUUAUUACGAUGUGGAAAUGAAGAACUGGAAUUCCGAGGGAUGUUCGUAUGCCACUGGAUCAAAUCCGCCAAAUUGUACUUGCAAUCAUUUAACAAAUUUUGCUGUAUUAGUAAAAACAGCCAACUUGACGGAUCCAUAUACUUUGGAAAUAUUCGGAAAGGUCGGAUGUUCACUUUCUGUGAUUGGACUUGCUUUGAUGUUGUUGUGCAUUUGUUAUUUUUCAUCUUUAAGAAAGAAUUUGACGAAUCAAAUACACUCAAAUCUCGGAUUCAGUCUCUUAGUGGCAUAUGUUUUGUUUCUGACUGGUGUUGAGCAGAUAAAUAAUAGAAAUGGCUGUAUUACUAUCGCAGCAUUCCUGCAUUUAUUUUUACUAUCUGCAUGGGGAUGGAUGAUAGUUGAAUGUGCCACUAUGUACAAGAAGCUUGUUUCAGUGUUUGGUUCAACUGGACCCUACUACAUAGUAAAGGCUGCAGUCAUGGUAUACAGUGGUUCCGCUCUAAUUGCUGUUGUCACCGUCGCUGUCGCUGUAGGUUGGUUUGAUAGAAACUUACUCAUGGAGUGGCCCCCUAUGACGGAAGAAGAUGAAACGAAUGCUCCAUCUACAUACAUAAGUGGGCGGUUAUGCUGGCUUCAUCGUUAUUCAUUAAUUGUUGGAUUUUUGGCGCCUAUCGCUAUUGGUCUCGUUAUAAAUGCAUUUGGCUUCAUCGCAAUAUCAAAAGCAAUUACUUGUGAUCGGUCGAAGAUACUAUUAAGGACAAACCAGAAGAAAUCUUCUCUUCAGGAGGCAAAGACAUAUCUUACAAGAGCCAUUAUCUUCACUUUUUUACUAGGACUAGCAUGGCUAUUUGCUAUUCCGUUAACAAUAUCCGAGGAUGAAAAUACGAACAUUGUGUUUGGAUGGCUGUUUUCUGUCGCCAACUCGUUGCAGGGUUUCUUUGUCUUUUUUCUUUUCUGCAUUCGAAGAAAAGAUGUUCGAGAUUUAUGGACAACAGAAAUAUUAAAACUAUUAUGCAUAAAAAGAAAAGAUAGUCAUGUGAAAGGUCGGCCGAAGAUAGAUGGAACACCAGGAACAAAAACACCACAAACUAAAAGAACUAAUGUAACAGUAACAUAUACAAAGACUAACAAAGUUAAAGUUUAA